AUGGGGACGGCAAAAGUUUGGGUUGAUGAUGAGGUCGAGAUUCAAACUCCUUCAGACUCUCACUGUCCAAAGUUUGUGCGGCGGAUUUCGGUCGGUCAUCAUCCUUUUUUAUCCACUUAUGACAUAGUCGAAUGGAGUGGUGGAAAUGGGAUACCAGCAUACAGAGACUACGUGGUGUUCUUGUCUAACCCAGGAAGGCAGAAGAAUGCAAAGAUGGAAAGUCGAAUGGUCAGCAGACGCUCAAAGUUCGGGAAAGCCUACUACUCCAUGCAAUUGAACCAUCCGAGACUCGAAGGGAAUGAGACGGAUAGGCUGGCAUUGCUAGCAAUCAAAGCUCAAAUACAACACGAUCCGAACAGGGUCACAAGCUCAUGGAAUGAAACCCUUCACUUUUGCCUGUGGCACGGCGUCACCUGCAGUCAACGACAUCGCCAAAGGGUGACGAAGUUGGACUUGGGCUCUCUAGCUUUGGGGGGAUCCAUAUCUCCACGUAUAGGAAAUCUAAGCUUCUUAAGAGUGCUAAAUCUCCGGAACAAUAGCUUCACUCAUCAAAUCCCUCCUCAAAUUGGGCAUUUGCAUAGACUGCAGCUAUUGCGUCUAAACAAUAACUCCCUUACUGGCACUAUUCCUCCCAACAUAUCCAAUUGCUUCGAACUCAUCUCUCUCAACCUUGGUAUAAACAAUCUAGUGGGUCAAAUUCCUCCCACACUCAGUUCCUUGUCAAAGCUUCAAAUAUUUGUUUUGCCAGCCAACAAUUUAACAGGAGAGAUCCCUCCUUCUUUGGGGAACCUUUCUUCUCUCGAGAAUUUUUCUACAAAUGACAAUAACUUGGAAGGAAGCAUCCCUAGUUCUCUAUGCCAGUUGAAAAGAUUAAAACGUAUCUAUUUUGAAUCAAAUAGGUUAUCUGGUAUCAUCGCUUCUUGCAUUUACAACCUCUCUGGUAUAGUUGAUUUCGAUGUAGCAUUUAACCAAAUUAAAGGAAGUCUUCCAUCAAACUUGAGCAAUGCUUUUCCCAACCUUCAAAUCUUUUCCGUUCCCGAAAAUCAAUUUACUGGGGCCAUCCCUUCCUCACUAUCCAAGGCAUCAAAUCUUGUGUCGUUUCAAUGUUCGUCAAACAAACUCACUGGACAGGUGCCAAAUUUACGAAAUCUUCAUAACCUUAUAGUAUUCAUUGUCUAUAGUAAUAAUCUUGGAAGCAGUAAAGAUGGUGACUUGAGUUUUGUCUCAGAAUUGAUCAAUGCCACACGACUAACUCGGUUGGGGUUCAGCUCCAACAAUUUUGGAGGCACGUUGCCCACAUCAAUAUCCAAUCUCUCAAUCAAUCUCCAAGGCCUUGCAAUGGGAGAAAACCACCUACAUGGAAGCAUCCCAACUGGAUUAGGUAAUCUUGUCAAGCUGCAAUACCUCGAAAUGGGAGAAAACUCCUUCACAGGUAGCAUCCCCACAGACAUUGGGCAGCUGUCAAGGCUUGAGCUGUUGUUUCUUAACAACAACCAAUUAUCAGGGAGCAUUCCAUCUUCUCUUGGAAAUUUAACAUUGUUAACAGUUCUCCAAUUGCAAGAAAAUAAUCUAGAGGGUAGCAUCCCGUCCAGCCUAGGGAAAUGCCACUGGUUAAUCGAAUUGGGUCUUUCUGGAAACAAUCUGAAUGGCACGAUACCUCCCCAAGUUAUUGGCCUCUCAUCUUUAUCAACAAUUUUGGGAUUGGAUAGAAACCAAUUAACUGGUUCCCUUCCCAUGGAGAUUGGCAAACUGAAGAAUUUAGGUGCACUGGGCGUUUUUGACAAUUUGUUAUCAGGAGAACUUCCCAGUAGCCUCGGCAGUUGCGAGAGCUUAGAAGAACUAUACUUGCAAGGCAACUUCUUCGUGGGACCCAUUCCUUCAUCUAUGAUGGAAUUGAGAGGGAUUCGAGUUUUAGACCUUUCUCGCAACAAUUUGUCAGGAGAAAUUCCACAGUUUCUUGAGAAUCUGAAGUUGGGGUACCUGAACCUCUCCUUCAACCAGUUUUGGGGAGCAGUACCAACUGGCUGUGUUUUUAAGAAUGCAAGUGCGAUUUCAGUUGCUGGAAAUGCUAGACUCUGCGGAGGUAUGGCUAGUCUUCGACUUCCUCUGUGCAAGCUUAAUGAGUCUAAAGGAGAAGGCCUGUCUCGUAGAAUGAAACUAAUGAUUUCUUUAGUCUCCGGGUUCAGCCUUUUGGGACUGGUUGUGGUGCUAUCUCUUUUUCUUCUUGGUAAGAAAAGGAAAAAAACUAAUUUAACCACUUUGGGGAACUCUGUUUUGCAAGUUUCAUAUGCUACACUCCUCAGAGCUACCGAUGGUUUUUCUUCAGCUAAUUUGAUUGGUGUGGGUGCUUUUGGGUCUGUGUACAAAGGAAUCCUUGCUGAUGAUAGAGUUGUUGUCGCUGUGAAGGUGCUUAACAUGUUGUGUGGAAGCGUAACAAACAAGGUAUUGAUAUGA